UGUGCAUAUUCUGCUAAAAUUUACAGUUAAAUCGAACGACGCCAUCAAAAUGGCGGAUCAUAAGUAUAAGUUAUUCAGCACGAUUGACCCCAGCAAAGUAAAUGUGCCCUUCAACAAGAAAUUCGCCAAACUAACGCUAGCCUCCCAUAAGAAAAAGCAACCGCCAGGGCAGCCAGAGCAGGGCACCAAGGAAUCAGAGCCCAAGCCGCCUGAAGAAAUAAUAUUGAGUGAGAAUCCCCUGCUACGCAGCGACUCCAGCAGCGACAUGGGCCAAAGCCACACACUCAAAGAUGACGCCGAGAACGGUCAUCCCGACAUCGAAGGCUCGGAAUAUAUGGAAGCUUUGCAGCUGAGCGGCGAUGGCUGCACACAGCCCCGCCGCAGUCAGACACCUGUGGAUGUGGAGGCACUGGCCACGCAGGUGACCAACUUGACAAUGGAGCAGAGGGUGCCCCAGCCGGAGAUAUCCAUUUGCAUCUCGUCAACGACAGAGGAGGGAGGAGACGAUGACGACGACGAUGACGACGACAGUGAUGCCUCCUGCAUUACCAUAUCGGACUCCAGCGAGGAUGAGGCCCCACCGCCCGAGAGCAUGGCCGUGAGUGAUCGCAUGUCGGGCACUGACCCACAUCAGGAGCCCAUUGCAGCUCCCAUUUUGACCAACGAUCAGGUGCAGCGCAUUGAGGCAUUUCUGCGCGACGUCUCAAACGAACGCCGCGAGAUGGGGGACAAAGAGUUUCCGAUGACACCAUCGCCCCUGUCCUCCGCCCGGCGACGAUCACGGCUGGCCGAUGCCGACACAGAGUCGAUGGCCACAACCGACGAGGACUGGAUGCCAUCCAGACCGAUAGACAGCAGCCAGCGGCUGGCAAACAACGAAACAGAAUUGGCCACAUUCUGCUCUGCGGACUUGGCCGGCCUGGCCAGCAGCAAGCGGCUGGCGGAUGACGACACAGAGCUAAACACGCUCAGCUCAGAGGAUGCGGCGCGCGUGGAGAGCAGCAGCAAGCGGCUGGCGGAUGAUGACACCGAAGUGAACACUCUCUGCUCCAGCGAUUCGACACUCAACGAAGACGAACCGAUACCCGAUGUAUCCAUCGAGAUACCAGAAACAGGCAGCGAGGGUGAACCAACGCCGCCGAGACCGAGCUCGAGCUCAGCCUCCACAUCAUCUGGCGAGGAGCCAGCGGCCAUUCAAGUGAGCAGCAUCAAUAUCUCGGCCAAGAUAAACAUCAAGAUACACAUACCAGCCGUCGAAUCGAGCUCAGGGGACGAGGAAGAUGACGAGCCGUAUCCAACGCCAAAAGCCACCCAAUCCUUGCCAGCAGCCGAAGAAGUUUAUGAGGAACAGCCACAGAGGCAGCAACGUCAAGAGGAGCAGCAUCAAAAGUCCAUGCUAGCCACAAACGACGCUUCCGAGGAUGAGCAGUUCCUCACACAGGCCGAGAAUCUCUUGAAUCAGCUGUACGGCAAAGCCUGGCAAACGCCCGAUGUUAUACGCACCCUGAAGCGUUCCAGCGGUGGCAGCGGCGGCAAGACUCCCCACCUCAAACCGAAGAACUUUCAAGUACCCACAGCCGUGACAACAGUCAAGAAAAAGAAGGAACGCCGCCCGGCACCGCGUGUACACCAGCCAAAUGAGAGUCUUCUUGCUGAUUUCAGUCAAUUUAAGCGAACGCUGCACUCCAAUCAAACGCCAUUGAACUCCACUCGCUUGCCGCAGCGUGCCGUUCAGACGGAGAGGCGUCCUCGUGCCGCAUCGCCACAGUCAAAGCGGAAGCCACAGCGGAAGCCACAGCCAACGCCACGCACCAAUCAUGUGGAUGAGGAUCGCUGGCGUGCCCUGGUCGACACGGACAGCGGCACAGAUGCCUCCGACGACGAGGAUGCGGAUGCAACCUUCAGCGACACCGAAAGCAGCAGCGAUGCUGCCGACGACAACAAUGGAAAGGGCGAUAUUACGUAUUUGGAUUUGAGCAAGGAUGAGGUUGAGGUGAUAAGCGACCCUGAUGAGGACGCGCAAUCUUCCAAAACUCAUCGGCGACUUGACGAUAUUCUGCGUUCCUGUCGCGCUGCUACGAAAACGAAGCUACCUGCCACGCCCAUAGAACCCAGCGCCGAGAUCGAACCAGCCACGCCCACAGUCAAGGGGCCAACACGACGACGUUUGUUCAGGCCAAACAUUGGCUACGAGACCGAAAAAGAGGCAAUUGCGAUUGUGAGCAGAGCCCAGGAAUUGGAUAUGCUGGACGAGCUGGAGGAUGACUAUCUGCCGGGCACGCCCGUCCACAAGCGGCUGCAAGAGGUCAAGAAGAAUAUGGGAAUUGUGAAGAAAACAAAUGCAACGCCCGAGGCCAGUCCGAUUCUGAAGCUGUUGGCACCAAAGACAGCAAUCAAAGACAGCGGCAAAGCGAUCAAAGACAGCGGCAAAGCGAGCGCCCGGCAACUGAAGGAGCAACUAAAGCGGAGCGAUGCCAAAUGUAGUUUCCUAAAAUCGCUAGAAGGAGCCGUGCCCCGCGAGUGCAGCGACAAGGAAGCGCUCUUCUACAGGGAGAACUUUGCCAAAAACAAGGAGCAACUGGCCGAGCGCCUCUACAAGAUGUUCAACGCGGAUGUGUUCAACAAUGAGCUGGAUGUGCCCAUCACCUGGUCAAAGCGGCUGCGCAACACGGCUGGACGCUGCCUAAACAAGAGAAAAAGCACGCAACGCCUCAGCACGAUCGAGCUUAGCGUGAAGGUGCUGACGACAGCCGACAGGCUACGCUGCACGCUCAUCCAUGAGCUGUGCCAUGCCGCCACCUGGGUGUUCAACAGCGAGGGUGGACACGGACGAGUGUGGAAGAACUGGGCACAGCGUGCCAACAAAAAGUAUCCAGACCUGCCCGCCAUCACUGUCUGCCACAGCUACAGCAUUGAUUUCAAGUACACCUACAGAUGUGUCAACUGCAAUUUGGACUCGAACGCCCACUCCAGAUCUCGCAAGGUGGAGUAUCUGCGCUGUCGUAAGUGCCAGGGAAAAAUCACUCUGCUGCUGAACAAAAAGGACAAGCAUGGGAAUAUCGUGUCACAGCCGGCGGGCGAGGCCAAGGGAUUUGCAAAGUUCGUUAAGGACAACUUCAAGAAGUACAAGCAGGCCAAUGUGCCGCACAAGGAAGUCAUGACUCUCUUGAGUGCUGCCUAUGCCAAGCAAAAGGACCAAGAGGAAAAGCAAACGACAGCGUCACUUGCCACACUGACCCUAGAUGAUUAGUUCUCAAACCUAAACUAGCAGGAGACUAGCUAUAGAUAAACAUACAUGUUUCAUUGUACAUACUUCAUAUAUUAUGCUAAGAUAUUUGUUAAUUGUUUAUUAAUUAAAACAAACGCUUGCAACGCUCCCUCAAGGAAAGGAAUGAGCAUUAAAUAGAACAUUUCAAGUACCA